UCUGCUCUGCACUGGACGACUGUGUGUAUGUAGGUGUGUGUGCACGUGUGUCUGUGUGCGUUUGUGUGUGUGUUUUACAGACCGAAAAGGGUGUGAGUGAACACAGAGGAGGAGGAGGAAAAGGAGGACUGCCUUUUUUUUUCUGACUGAAUCUAAUCAGUUUGGUUGGACCAACUUCUGUUACCUUAAUUAUCAGUAAGUAAGCGUCAAGAUGGACAUCGCAGAAUUCCGCAGGCGAGGGAAGGAGAUGGUGGACUAUAUAGCCGACUACCUGGAGAACAUUGAGAAAAGGAACGUUUACCCUGAAGUGGAGCCCGGAUACCUACGAGCACUAAUUCCUGAGGUGGCUCCUGAUGAGCCAGAGACGUAUGAAGACGUGGUUAAGGACAUCGAGAGGGUCAUCAUGCCUGGGGUCACCCAUUGGCACAGCCCGUAUUUCUAUGCCUACUUUCCCUCUGCCAACUCCUUCCCUGCAUUACUAGCAGACAUGCUGUCAGGUGGAAUCGGCUGCGUUGGAUUCUCCUGGGCAUCGAGUCCGGCUUGUACUGAGCUGGAGACGGUCGUGCUGGACUGGCUGGGGAAAAUGCUGAAGCUGCCCGAGGAGUUUCUAGCAGGAACAAACGGCGAAGGAGGCGGCGUGAUUCAGGGAACCGCUAGUGAGGCGUCUUUAGUAGCGCUGCUAGCUGCUCGCUCCAGGAUGGUGAAACGGGUUCAAGCUGAUCAUCCUGAGUGGACCGAACUGCACAUCAUGUCUAAACUAGUAGCCUAUACAUCAUCCCAGGCUCAUUCAUCCGUCGAGAAAGCAGGUUUAAUCGGAGUAGUGGGGAUGAAAAAACUUCCCACUGACAGUAAGUUUGCCGUGAGAGGAGAGACGCUGAGGAAAGUCAUUGAGGAGGACAAAGCAGCAGGUCUCAUUCCCUUCUACUUUUGUGCCACACUGGGAACGACACCAUCGUGUGCAUUUGACCGCAUCACUGAGCUCGGACCCAUAUGUUGUGCAGAGGGGAUGUGGAUGCACAUUGACGCUGCGUACGCAGGAAGUGCGUUUAUCUGUCCUGAGUUCCGACCUCUCCUGGAAGGCGUGGAGUUUGCUGAUUCCUUCAACUUUAAUCCUCACAAGUUGCUGCUAGUGAACUUCGACUGCUCGGCGAUGUGGGUGAAGAAAAGGGCUGAUAUUAUUGGGGCGUUUAAGAUGGACCCACUUUAUCUGAAACAUGACCACCAAGAGUCAGGAUUAGUGACGGAUUACAGACACUGGCAGAUCCCACUGGGUCGCAGGUUCCGCUCGCUGAAAUUGUGGUUCGUGAUGCGUAUGUACGGACGCCGAGGCCUGCAGCAGCACAUCCGCAAGCAAGUCGCACUGGCGAAGGAGUUUGAGACUUUGGUGCUGAAAGAUAAACGCUUCGAGAUCUGUGCUGAAGUGGUGCUCGGCCUGGUCUGCUUCAGAUUAAAGGGGUCCAACGACCUGAACGAAACCCUGCUGAAGAGAAUCAACGCCAGUCGCAGGAUCCACCUGGUGCCUUGCCAGCUGGCCGGUCAGUUCGUGCUGCGCUUGGCUGUGUGCGCUCGCACCACCGAGUCCCGGCACAUUCGCACGACCUGGACUCUCAUCACUCAGCUGGCGUCCGAGCUUCUCCAUGAGAACCAACACUAGCACGCCAUGCUCGCUAAUCAUUACUCUCUUACGCACAUCCUGCUGCUGCUGCAAUUCUUUCUCGUCUCUCUCUCUCUGUUUGUUUGUUUGGGUGCGUGAGAUCUAUCAGUGUCUGCAAAGUGAUAUUAUACAGUAAAGUCUAAGAGUCCACUACCAAAUAUAUAUUAAUAACAAUCAUGGCUAUUGAUCCUUUUCCUGUGUGAAACAGCACACACCUAAAGUGUUUUGUUGGAUGGAAGAUUGGUCAAGAAAUCAAGUCCAUUCCUAACUAAAGUGUAGUAGAUGAAUUGGACGAACGUCUCGCUGUUUUCUUAACGUUGCUUCUUCCUGAUGUUUCUCUCAUUUCUACAUUUAUUGAAUAAUGUUGAAUUAUAAGGUGCCGGUGAUUCAUUUACAAUAAACUGUUCAUUCUUCUCUGUUUUUGUUUGCCAUCAGAACAAUUUUAAAUUUAUUUUUUUAUUUUCACAGUGUACAAAGAAGGUAAGAAAGAGUGCAUCGAUAAUCCAAACAAGCCUCGUACGUUUUUUUUUUCCUGGCAUCGGAAAAAAUGGUCAACAAAGUUUCCUAAACAAAAAUGAAUAAAAUUGUUAUUGUUUGUGCUUUUGCUCCCAAAUCAUGAACAAUUCCUGACGUUUCUGAUUUUGUUAUAAAUGAAAUGGUACUGGACUUGCCUAUAUUU